AUGGGGUAGAGGGGUGAUCAGGAUGCUGGUAUGGGGUAUGGUGGUGAUCAGGAUGCUGGUAUGGGGUAUGAUGGUGAUUGGGAUGCUGGUAUGGGGUAUGGCAGUGAUCAUGACACUGGCAUGGGGUAUAGUGGUGAUCAGGAUUCUGGUAUGGCAUAUGGGGUGAUCAGGAUGCUGAUAUAGGGUAUGGCAGUGAUCAGGAUACUGGUAUGGGGUAUGGUGGUGAUCAGGAUGCUGGUAUGGGGUAUGGCAGUAAUCAGGGUGUUGGUAUGGUAUAUGGUGGUGAUCAGGGUGCUGGUAUGG